AUGUUUAAAACGAUUUUAUUUCAACUUUUGGUUUUUUUUCGAUCUCUCUAUGAUUAUGCAGUCGAUUUUAUAUUUGGUCUUAUGAUAUACGACGAUACGAAGAAAAAAAUUAUUCCACCUGUGAAAAAUCGUAUUGUUUUAGAAAGCGCAACAUCACUCGCCAAAAAAAUCAGAGAAAAGGAAUUAACAGCAGAAACUGUUGUUAGAGCAUUUAUUGAAAGGAUCGAACAAGUUAAUCCUAUAAUUAAUGCUGUUGUCGAUGAGAGAUUCGAUUUAGCUAUUAAAGAAUCACAAGAAAUAGAUAAAUACUUGAAAACUACCACUGAUCCAAUUGAUAAAAUAGAAAAAAAUAAACCUCUAUUAGGAAUUCCAUUUACAACAAAAGAAUCAACUUCUUGCAAAGGUUUAAAUUACACUUUCGGUUUGCUCGCAAGAAAAGGAGAAAAAGGUACAGAAGAUGCUGAAGUUGUCAGGUUGAUGAAAGAAGCAGGUGGAAUUCUUUUAGGAGUCACUAACAUGCCUGAAUUGAAUUUAUGGUGCGAAUCUAGAAAUAAUUUGUAUGGACAAACCUUGAAUCCUUUUAAUACUACAAGAACUGUUGGUGGAUCAUCUGGAGGAGAAGCGAGUAUAAUAUCUGUGUGUGGAUCUCCCAUCGGUAUCGGUACAGAUAUAGGGGGAUCAAUUCGAAUGCCUGCUUUUUUUUGUGGUAUUUUCGGUCACAAGCCCACAACUGAUGCAGUUUCUAUGAAAGGUACAACUCGAAGAACAGGAAAUGAAAAGAAUUCAAUGGCUGCAGCAGGUCCUAUGGCUAAAUAUCAUGAAGAUCUUGUCUCAGUUUUGAAAGUUGUUUCAAUUCACAGUUCAAUUAAUGAAACAUUGUAUCAAGAAGUCGAUAUGAAAACCAUCAACUUUUAUUACAUGGAAGAGUUAAAUGAUCCGAGAGUUAGCAAAGUCGAUGAAGAAUUAACACAAAUUCUUCGUCGCGCUGUUAAUUAUUGUCAAGAUAUUAGCGGAGUCGCUUGUAAAAAAGCUAAAUUUCACGGAUUGGAAUACAGUUACAAAUUAUGGCGGUAUUGGAUGACGAAGGAACCUUAUCAAUUUGAAGAUGAGUUGGGCAAUCGAGAAAGAACCGUUAAUCUUUGGAAAGAAUUGCCUAAAAAACUAAUAGGAAAAAGUGAAUUCACGCUUGCGGCUAUUUACAAAUUAAUUGAUCAUAAAUUACCACAGGAAAAUUCAAUUUGGGCCGAAAAAUUAACUGAAAAACUUAAAACGGAAUUUAACAACAUUCUAGACAACAAUGGAGUUCUCCUAUGUCCGAGUAGUCCGACUCCCGCUCCUUAUCAUUAUACGCCAUUUUUACGUCCGUUUAAUUUCACAUAUUGGGCUCUCUUUAACAUUUUCAAGUUCCCGGUAACUCAAGUUCCCUUGGGACUCAACAAAGAGGGAUUGCCGAUAGGAAUUCAAGUGGUAGCAGCCCUUAAUAAUGAUAAAAUUUGUUUGGAAGUAGCUAAACAUUUACAAAAUGGUUUUGGAGGUUGGGUACCUCCAUUCGAAGUGAAAUAA